AUGGCUGACAAUAGCAACAUAAAGUCUACUAAACUUAAUGAAAUUCAUAUUUCAUCUGGUGAUGAUGAAACAUUUCAUCCUGCUCCACUUCCAAUCGAUGAUGAUGGAUUUAUUAUUGCGUUUGAUAUUGAACAACACGAUGAAAUUUUGACAUUCUUCGAAAAACAUGGAGUAGUCGUCAUAGCAAAUGUUCUAACAGAACAAGAAUGCGAACGUAGUGUUGAUGACGUAUGGAAAUUCUUGCAGGAAAUGUGUAAUUCAAAUAUUGAUUGUAAUAAACCAGAAACAUGGAAUUCAAAUUGGCCUAUGUUUUCACACAUGGGCAUACUAGGUAAUGAACGUUGGUUAUAUCCUCAAGCAUGUGAUAAUCGACAAAAUCCAAAUAUUUACAAAGUAUUUUGUACAUUAUUUGGCGAUCACGAAUUGAUAACUAAUGUUACUCGAGCUGGUUUAAUGCGACCAACAAAAGAUGUUUAUUUUCCGUCUCUCAAUAAAACUGAAGAUCGAGAAAAUUGGAAAACAAUAUCGAAUUGGUUGCACUUAGAUAUGAAUCCAUUGACGGGUCGAGCAACAACCUAA